UGAGCGCUCAGUGCGCGUAUGCAUGUGGAUAAAUCAGCUGGUGCGUGUCUAUGCAAAUGACACACAGAAGAUCGAAUGGACCCCGCGCGCGACUCACACCGUCUCCACCCUCCGCCUCGACACGGACCAUAAGUCCAGGGCCAGCAACUCCCCGCUCCGCGUUGCUUUCAGGAGGACCGACUGGCGGAGAGCCGCUGCGGCUCACAGCCAUCUGAUGCUGCGCGCACCCCCCCAAGAUUUGGGUUCAACGACCGGGCGCCAGAGGAAACGCACAGCCAGACCCAGGCCACGGACAACUACACUGAAUGAGAUAUCUAUGUAGAUGUCACGUUAAAAGCUGACACGUUCCCAAUUCCGUCUGGCCACCAUCGGGCAUGCUCGCCUCCUGUCCGAUUCACCACGUUGGAGUUUGAAUGAGGGGUCCGGCCGACAUCAACGCAAACAACUCCCACGUUCUUUUUUCUUUCGAAAUGCCAGACAAUGUUUCAUUCCUCAGGAAUCGCACGGACCUGGGACAGGGGAGCGGAGGGGGGAGACUGCUGGGACCGGUGGGGGCAGCGCGCCCGGCUUGGGCCAUCACGCUUCUGGCCAGCGUGUUGAUCUUUACAACCGUCGUCGAUGUCCUGGGCAACUCGCUGGUCAUUAUCAGUGUGUUUAGGAACCGGAAGCUCAGGAAUUCUGGGAACGUGUUCGUGGUGAGCCUGGCAUUUGCAGACUUGGUGGUCGCCUUCUACCCAUACCCUCUGGUGCUGUACGCUAUCUUCCAUGAUGGCUGGUCCCUGGGAGAGACCCAAUGCAAGGUGAGCGGCUUCCUAAUGGGGUUGAGUGUCAUCGGCUCCAUAUUCAACAUUGCGGGCAUCGCCAUCAACCGAUACUGCUACAUCUGCCACAGCUUCUCCUACGACAAGCUGUACAGCUACCGCAACACCCUGAUGUGGGUGGCGCUAAUCUGGGUGCUGACUAUCCUGGCCAUUGUGCCCAACUUUUUCGUGGGCUCGCUGCAGUACGACCCCCGCGUCUACUCAUGUACGUUCGUGCAGACGGUCAGCACCUCUUACACCAUCACGGUGGUGGUGGUCCACUUCUUUGUGCCCAUCGCCGUGGUGACCUUCUGCUACCUUCGCAUCUGGAUCCUGGUGAUCCAGGUGCGACGCAAGGUGAAGUCGGAGGUGCGGCCACGUAUCAAGCCCAGCGACCUGAGGAACUUCAUCACCAUGUUCGUGGUGUUUGUGCUCUUCGCCAUCUGCUGGGCGCCGCUGAACUUCAUCGGGCUGGCAGUGGCCAUCGACCCUGAGGCGGUGGCGCCGCACAUCCCCGAGUGGCUCUUCGUGGUCAGCUACUUCAUGGCAUACUUUAACAGUUGCCUUAACGCCAUAAUCUACGGCCUGCUGAACCAGAACUUCCGCAAGGAGUACAAGCGCAUCAUCACGUCGAUAUGGAAGCCACGCCUCUUUUUGCAGGAGACGUCCCGGGGCGGGACGGAGGCCAUGAAGAGCAAGCCCUCGCCGGGGCUCAACAACAACGACCAGCUGCCGAGCUCCAUCCCUCUGUCUCUGCACUCGGCCGGCACCACGGACCGCCACUGCUCCACGGUGCUCACAGCUCGCCCAGCGCUCAGCAAGCGCUGUGGCUCCAGGAGACAGAGGCAGAGAACUGAUGAGACGGAACAGGUGGAGACACAGACUGAGGCUGAAAGGAGUGAAGACUGAGAAAAAAAGACCAAAAAAAUGUUACAGACUACAAUUACUGUGUUUUUCCACAAUUUGAAGAGUGCCAUUCAUCAAAAUAUAUAUAAAUAUAUAUGAAGAAAUGAAGAAAUAUAUAUAUAUAUAUAUAUUCUAAGUUAUUAUACGUAUCAUAUUAUUAUGUACACCUCAGGGUGCCUGCCUCCUCUGCUGCUUUUGCAAUAUGCAUUCGAAAGUGGAGGCACCAAUAGUUUAUUUAUAUUUUUAACACCACAAAAUACAUGAUGUUGGUCUGAAAGUACUUUCACUUUCAUUAUCUUCCUGGUUUGGGUGUACUGUAGUAGUAUUCGGCACCCCAAAUGUUGUGUAUAUUGUAAAACAACAUCACAUGUCAUUAUCUUUGUGACAUGUGAAGUGUAGGUGAACAUUGAUUAAAGUAACAGAUAAAUCUUUAGCAAACUCCAUUUCUAGUAAAAGUUUCAAAUGCCUCAAUUUUUUAUGGGCAUUUAUGUGUCGUUGUUGAAGGUGCCUGAUUCUUUGUUUUUUGUAUUUCUCUGCUUAUCGCCUCAAAUAUUUUGCCAAAAAUGACAAGUAUAAAACAAACAUAUUACAGUGAAAGACUGUUGAAAUAUUUUAAUGCUUUCUUAUCAACAUUUAAAACAAUAUUUUGAUGAUUGAACAUUGUCAGGUUGCAUAUUACUAGUGUAUCUGGAAAGUCUUCUGCAAUGGGAUUGUUAAGGUGUUGUGAAGCACAACCCACAGAAAAUCCCAGUCAUAAAAAAAGAAAAUAGAAAAGCACAAUUCAACUGUUUAAACCCGGACAACAGUGUAUGCAGUUUAUGGAGUUAACAGGUAUCUAAACGUUCUCUUAGUAAUGACAUGAAAAUCAAUAAUACAUUCUCUAUGCAUUUUACACUUCAUAUCAUGACGGGAGGUGUACAAACAUACUUAGUAUUCUCUGAUGUGAACGAUGCUACUUUUUUAUAAAGUGAAACUUAGUACAAACCGAGCAAUGCGGUUCACACGCAGCCCUCUGCCCCGGGCCUGUUGUGCUUCUGUAUUUGAAUGAUAUAAAAAAAAUGCGCAUGAGAUACUUUUUUGUGUGUUAUUUUUCUUGCUUUGGUUUAUUUUGUUUUUUAAAUGGUCGAUUGUUACAGCUAAUUGUUCUGAAAAAAAAAGUAAGUUGAUACGUUUCAGAGGCGAAACACCAUCUUGAGCUCUUAAAGUGUUUAAUUUGGAUACGGCUGCUUAAAUGAGAACAGUAAUGUUAAAGAUGAUGGUGAUAAUUAUUAUUAUGAUACAUAGUUUGACGCUGCUCAUUAUGUAAGUGUGGAGAUGCUCAGGAGAAAGUUUUAUCACUGAUAAGCUGCAGUCUUCACUUUUUUGUUCAGUUCUUUUAUAUUAAAUAUUACAAAAACACAUCGAAAAAAAUUCUACAAAAAAUGAAUGAUAUGUGUAUUUAUUGCUGUGACUUAUACAAAAAAUAUAUGAAAACAUUACUUUGGAAGUUUGUCGAUGUUAAUGUUGGGUUAAAACAAAAGUUAAUAA